AUCGAAGACUGCCUCGAAUUGUUGGUGACUUGGCUGUUUUCUGUUUGGGAAGGUUUUUUUUCUGUUUGAGAGAGAAUUUACCGAUUGUGACUUAUUGACCAGAAGGUAAGAUUUUUUAAGACAUCUUCGUUAGGUUUUUACAGUGAUCUGGCGGUAUUCGCUCUAAAUUACGAAGUUGAGUAUAGUGUAUAAAUUGAGUAGCCAUGUUGGACGAUUGCAAGGGUCACGUCAACUUUUAGAAACUAUCCUUUUGAUUUGCAACAGAUGAUAACAUAUAACACCCAUUAGAAGAAAACGUUCUGAUCUCCUUUGUUUUUGAGCCUUUUAAUAUUUAAAUCUCGACUAAAAAGUAUCCCAGCCGCCGACUAAUAUUCUAAAAGUAUGACUGCUGUAGAAUUAAAUUUUUGGAUUUCCUAGGAAGUUUGCAUAGUUUCUCGUCAUUCUCAUGUAAUACAUCAUGGAUGGAUGAUGAUACCUCGUGAUUUUCUGCUUCUUUUGAUUUCAUUAAGGCGUUUGUCAACUAUGAAUGUGAUAACUUUCGCAUAUCCUUCAGGUUUUCAUGUUUCAAUCAACCAGAUGUGAGUUGAAGUCGAUGGACAGCAGCAGAGAAUCCUGAUUUUCAAUUUUUUUUUACCUGCGUGUGUUGUCUUUGGUAAGAUUUAGUUUUAUCUUUUUUCGCAGUAAUUAAAUCAUGAAAAAGAACGGAAUCUAUAUAGACUCGCUAGACUAGCAUAUGACGUUACGUGAAUGGCAUAUGAUUAAACCACAUAACAGAUCGAUAAUAGUAAGUUACGAAGGUACCUUCGAAUGACCUGCACACUGUCGCGCUAUAAACACAGUUGAAAAUAAGAAAUCCUGUUUCGAGUUUACACUUGUCUAUUUCAGUAAAUCUAAAAUCUCAGUCUGAUCACGUUCAUGCUCGUAAACGUUAAACUUUGCUUCCACUUAACUUUAAGUAGAUCGCCCUAGAUAGACACGUCUGGGCCGAACUUCCUUGUUAGACACGGUAGUCCCCAAUAUUUAUUAUUCCUUAUGAGUGCAUCAGUACCUCCUGAAUAGUGCUGUCUACGAAUUUUUAACUAACCUAUUAAAAACAAGGGAAGUGUUUUGUUGUUGUAACAUAUAAAUAAACCUUGUGAAAGCUUAGUUCAACUGAAGCGUACAUGUUAACGCAUAGUAUUUGUUAGUUACGUAGGUGUUCAUCCUCAAAGACUUUCUAACAGUAUAUUACUGUAAAGUGAUAGUAUUUCGUCUCAGGCAACUGUCAUCUUUUGCAAAUAUAUUUUGUCCACAAUUGUUACCAGUGAAACAAAUACAGUAAUCUUAUUUUUUAUCUCUCUGCAACAAGGAAAUAAAAAAUAUGUCUGGAUAAGAUGAAUGAUAUUCCUUAUGGAAACAUAUCCUAAUGAAGUGGCUUGCAUAUUGGGUGAAAUGUCAUUCAUUGACUGUUGUGUUUUCAUACUGUUAUUGUUAUGAUUUAUUAUUUAAUGUGGAUGGGAUAACCAGUCCAUCAGUGGCUGCUCACACCAUUUCAUAUUUCUCUAUACUGGUAACAAUUAUAAUGACCCUUGCUAUUAUGCUAAUCAGUGCUCAAGAUGUUCCUGAUCAAGAUUAGAAUUAUUUUCAGAAUUUGUCACACUAUUUUUGUUUGUGUUGUCAAAGUAAAAGCUUUUACAAGGCAAAAAAGUUUUUGAAAUGUGUAAUAAACUAAGAGACAUACAGUUGCACAGGAGAAAUUUUAGUCAUUUUCAUUUUCAAUGGUAUCCUUGUAGAAUGUAUUAUGCAAUAUAUUUUACAGUUGGAUUGUGCUUUGUAAUAAGUAAACUACUUAGAAAAACGUUAAAAUCACUAUCUCGUAGCAAUGUAACAGUACUGAUCCAACUGUACAUUUAAGACAUGUCAAAUUACUUCAAUAUGGCUCUGGUAUGAGGAAUUUGCAACACUUUUUGCUGUUUAGUUUCAAUAUCGUUCAUUUUAUGACAAUUGAUGUUUUGAUACCUUCCUGUAGAGUUCAGACAGAAGUGUCAUGGUUGACAGUCCUACACAGCCAAAUUCUGCAAGGUAAGAUAUUUCAAGUAGGGGAAGUUUUGUGGUGUCUGUUUAGCUCUCAACUAGUUGCAUUAAUUUUCUUUUUGGAGAAAACAAUUUAUCAUAGCAUUUCUUCCUGUGCUUGUAACUCUAAAGCGAGUUUGGUUUCAUUGCAUUGCACUCAGCUCAUCAAGAUUAGUCAAAGUUUGGAUUGACUCUCCACUAGAGAUUCAGAGCCCCCCUAAUUUUACAUGAUAAAUAUUUUGUGUAUUACCAUGGUAAUAUCUUGCAGAAGAGAGAAACUAUUAUUGUUUUGGAAACUGUUCUUGUGAACAGUUCUGCAUUGUUUAGAGUUCUUACCUGCAAGUAAUAAUUGUCAGUCAGUCAGUCUUGCAGAAAGUGUGAUAGUCAACUAAAAUCUUGCAAAGAAUACAAACAGAGACAACACAAACAUAUUUAAAUUAUAUUUAAUUGCCAGAAUGAAAACUACUUUUACUGAUAUUUUUGGUUUUUUUCUGCCCAUUGGUUUGCAGUCAGCUUUCACAACUCAAGUUCACAAGUAAGUUUCAGACUUGAAAAAAUGUUUUUUGUUAUUAAUUAUUUUGUUGGUCUGUAUACAUCUUGCUUGAUCUGUAGAUCUAGUCAAGACUGAAAGCAUUUCUCUCUCCCUGAACAGUUCUUGUUUUUUUUAGUUAUUUUCUGUUUGAUUUAAAAGCUUGCAUGUAUUUAAUUUCAAGCAUGUUGCUAUUUGAACAGCAAAUAAGAAAUUAGGUAGUCCAAGUGUUGAAGACUUUUAACAUGUGAUUUAACAAUAAACAAACUAACCCACUCACUGACUUAAAAAAUGUAAAAUGAACACAAAAUUUUCAUACAGCAUGCUUUGUGUAGUGUUUGAAUUUGUCAAUCUUUUAACAGCCAGCAUAUGCCUUUAUUUGCUGUAGAACCUUCAUACCAGUAGGUCCCUUACCAUUGUUGUUUUGAUGUUGUUCUUUCUAUAUAGUCUUGAAGGCUACACUUAAGGAGCAGCCAGGAUGGUUCAGUAAGUUAAUAAAUACUGUCAUUAAACUUUAUAACAUAGGCAGUGAAUUUUUAUAUACAGAUUCAGUUCUUUGAGCAUGCUUCAUACUCUUAUUAUGUAUGUUGGUAACUCAAUUUUGUGUACCGAAGUGUAGCAGAGGCAAUAUCUUGUUAUACAAAGUUAAAUUAUGAAAGUGAAAAAAAACCUGUUUAUAUGCCAUCUUUAAGUUCAUAGAGAUAUGAAGCAUAUGGGAAGUUAAGAGAGCACUCAACAAGUUAUUGUUGCUUUCAGAUUUGUGUUGCUAACCAGUCAACUCGCCGACGGACCAACUCCGUGAUGUUUACUUCGCUUUAUUCGCCUUGAGAUCCUUAUACACUUUGUUGCAAAUAAAAAGAAAUGCUUUUUACUAAAGAUCUCGUCUAGAAAGCCAAGUUUUCGUUAAAAAAUCUGAGCGAUUGACAUGAUGAGUCUUUACGGUGUUGUUGUCGCACAAUAACUCGUUCGCGUCUUAAGCUGUUAUAGUCAUUGGUGAUGUUCACCAAUGUUCACCAAUAUUUAAGCUUCUGUUAGAUGUUCACCAGUGUUUUUUUACUAAAUAUCGUUUACCUAUCUGUAUGUUUAACUUCUAAUAAGUUGUAUUGGAUUGACGACCAACUUGCCGACGUCUGUACUCGAUUUUAUACGUCUGCGAGUUGGCGUCGGCGAGUUGGUCCGUCGGCAAGUUGACCGUAAUUCUUUGUGUUUAGUAGCUUGAAGGAUCUUUGUGAGACUUCUUUGUGCUUCAUGUCUCAAUGAAGUUAUGUUGACUGAAUCAAAUGUUAAAAAUGCGACUGUUUCAAAACUGAAACCUCUUUGAUAUGUUGUUUUGAUAGGCAAAGGAGAUCCUUAUGUGAAACUUACUGUUGAUGGCAAACAACCCUCAAAGAAAACAGAAGCUGUUCGCAAAACAUGGGAACCCAAGUGGGAUGAUGAGUUUACAGUGUGAGUAAUAAUACAUAUCAAUAAACUGUUUUAGUUUAAGACUAGUUACAGUUGAAACAUCAUUAUGAUAAAUGCAGAGAACAGUAAAUUUUGCAUUAAACCUGAAUGAAAUACAUUUUAGCUACUUCACUACAGUUAAGUGUCUAUUUUAUCAUGAUAAAUAGCACCCAGAAGUCAGAAUGAUAUAGUUGAACUGAACACUGUGAAUGAUUUGUGUAAAAAAAAUUUAUUAUCACCUUUAGCCUUGUUACACCAUACAGUCUUUUGGAAUUGGAAGUCAAUAACAAAUUUGCACUGAAGAGUGAUGUACCUCUAGGAUCAGCAAAGAUCCUAUUGAAUGAUGUUCUACAUUCAAAUAAUGGCAAAUGUGAGUCUCUCUUUCUUUUAUCAUUAUUUUGCAUACAACAGAGAGCACUUUGAUUUUUUCAGAAAUCCAGAAUUACUUGUUAAGACAAGUUGUGGAGAGAACAAUUUGCUACUGACAAAGUGGUUGAAUAUUGAGAAAAUAACUCAUCGACCUGUCAUGUAACCAGAAUUGUCAUGUCUAUAAAACUCUUGAGUCUUAAGAAUCAAUAAAUAUCACUCUGCUCAUUAUUGCGGUUUUCUCUAUAGAACUAUGGAUAGUUUGGGAGACAGGAAUCAUGCAGAAUUGUUUAAACUACAGAAUUUUUGACUAUUCAAUUUGACUUUAGAUGUUAUAGUAGAGCUAAAGAAUUCACUGUCAGUGUUCAUUAUUCAUUAUGUUGCCUGACACCUACAAGAGUUUAAACAUUUUUUUUUAAGUAACUGAACAGAGUGAAAUAGGUGAUCUAUUCUUUUAAAUUUUUAAUUGUCUUUAUUGUGUUAUGAUCCUUACAUUUCUUCCCUAACCCCUUUAACUCCGUAAGUGAUCAGGAAAUAAUUUCUCCUUACAAUACCAAUACAAUAUCAAGCAGACCAGUGAUGAGAAUAACGAAAAAAUAUCAGCAAGUGGAUGAUUUUUGUAGAUCCAAUAUCAAGUUCUCAGAACUAACAUUGCAAAAAUUGUACAGCAGACAGUGAGGAGAAUUACUAAUGAGAAUAAGGAAGUGAAGGGGUUUAGUAAACAUGAUUGGUAUUUAUAGCAGAUGUUACUGUGUUGAUUUAUUGCACAGACAGCUAAAGGACAGGGGCAAAAUUUCCAUUUGCCGCUGGUAUCAAUUGUAUCAUCCUAAAUAUCUCUGUUGUUUUCUUGACUUUGUUGUUAUAGUGAACAAUCAUAAUUUAAAAGUGAAUAUUAUCUUGGACAAGAAUGGUACUCCUUGUCAAACUGGUGUCCUGGAAGUCAUACUUGAUGGUAUGAGUGUGAACAUGAGACAUUUUCCCCGACGGGUACCUGCACAAACACCAACACCUGUAGCCAAUGGGCCAGCAACUGCUCCAAGGACUGGAUCACAAAAUAGUACCACUCCAUCCAGACAGUCACAUCCGUAAGAAUCAACCUUCUUCUUUGUUCAUAUAAUGAUGUUACCAGUGGUUAUUUUUGUGCAAUAAGUUUGUAGAGUCCAUUGUCUCUUAGGAAGUACCUUAUGACUAAAACAAACUUUAAAUUCAUGUGCUUUUUUUCAGUAGUUCUUUGCUAAAUAAAGUAAGAUAUAACUUUUGAUUUACAUGUAAAUUUGUGGAAAAUUCGGAUUGACAACAUUGACAACAUUGACAACAGAAUUUGUAAUAUCAGAGGAUAUUAUUUCUCAUCCAACAUUUUUUGAGAGUGCAAGGUUUUGUGUUACAGGAAGCCUGCUGAUGGAGAUGUCCAGAGAAGACAUAGUAGACAAUCAUCAGGACGUCAGAGACCUGUUAGUACAGGAGCAUUAGCAGCUACUACAGCCACAAGCACUCCUCAGAAUUCAUCCCCAGCAGUGAGCAGCAGAAAUGGUGUUUCCACAUCAACUCCUUCAGUUCCACACCAACUUCAUCAUGGACCAUCACCACCACCACCACAAGGUAAGGCUACAUCACAUGGAAGUGCACAGGAGAUAUGUCAUGUAAUUUCCCAGGAAUUGUGUUGUUUUUCAGCCUCUUAGAAUCAGGGAAAAAUAAGAGUUCAGGGUAGAAGGGUCUUAAGUAUCUGGAUUACAAUAACAUUGGAAAAGUGAAAAAAGACCCAAACUGAGCCUUACCUCUCCACAGUGUUUUAUGUGUGGUAGUGAAUGAUGAAUCCUCAAGGGUUAACAUUUGUCAUGCACAUUUACAGUCUUGCACAAUGAACUUUGGUGAAUCAUUUUUGAAAAAACUCUCAUUAAUCAAUGAGAGAUCGACUUUCGACAAGUUAGAGGGAGUUUCACAUCUGCUUAUUUACAGCAACUAGAGGAGAACACAAGACCUUUCAAUACAAUGUGAAUGCAAGUAAUUCAAGAGCAUCUUGAAGUUCAUUCCUCUCUUGUGAUCCUUCUGAGGGUGUCUUACUAUCUGUCAACUUGACUAAAGAGUAUUUUGUUCUUAUUUUAGCUGGAAGUAAUUCAAAUGCUGUACAGUCAAGACAGAGGCAAGGAAAUGAGGAUCCAUUGCCUCCUGGGUAAGUUGAGGCAGAUCAUCCUUCUCUAAAUCUCCCUGAGCUUCUGUACCAUUCGUAUUUUCUAGAGCAAAAAGUGUGGUCUUUAACACUUCUUUGUGUAACAAAAAUCAACUUUCAGUGGUUUUGGGUGACUUGGUGAUCAUGUUACAUGUAAAUUGCAGACAAAAACUGUAGAGGCAAAUAAUUCUUUCUGGUCCUGCUUAAGGUUUACCCUAAGGAGUCUUAAUACAUCAAAAAUGGAACAAAAAAAAUAAUUGCAUUGAGGUCAGCAAAGCUGUUUCCCUUGUCACCCCCUUUCCUCACCCAAUGUCCUUGUCCCUUUUCUAUUUUCUCAAAGAUAAUACCACUGGAAAAAAAACUUUUUAAGAAUGAAAAGGGGAAGUUACAAGUAGUUGUAAGUUCAUGAUUUUAGACGCAAAAACUCACACCCGUGGAGCUCAAGCAUACAUGGACAUGAAGGAGUACAAAAAUGAAACUGGUAUGAAAAUAUUUAACCCAAAGAAAAAUUUUAAGGACAGUAAAUGGAUAUUUUUGGUUGGUCAUCUGUAAGGGGUGCUGUGUCCUAUUACAGUGUAUGUUAUGCUUUAUGAAACAUGUAACAGUUUAAGAACAUAGAGGUAUCUUUGACAAUCUGUACUGUACCAUUCUGUGUUUCAGGUGGGAGCAGCGUGUUGAUCCCCACAGCAGAAUAUACUACGUAGAUCACAAUACAAGGACAACUGCUUGGGAGAGACCUCAGCCUCUGCCCUCAGGGUAUGUGCCCCCUUAACACUUCAACAUGAGAUUACAUAAAGGUCUCUGAUUGCUAUCUUGCAGGAAGUAACAGUUUUUCUGCAAGAAUUUCAUGGGCCAAGUGAUAUUAAACUUAAUAUUGAGGAAUACAAAAAUCAAUUGGUUUAUUACUGGCCAGAAGCUCAAGAGAAGAUGUAACAGUAGCAGUGCAUUAUCCAAUCACAGAUCAUGAAAUAUGAGCUCUUUCAUGGUCCCCUCAUUCAUAAGGAAAGAUAAGUGGUUAGAAGUGUAUGUUUCUCAAUAGUUCUUGAAAGUUAUAAUGUCAAAAAUUGUAGCAGGGCUUACCAGCACUUGACAUAGUAGCAUCAAUCAUUAACAAGAUCAUUUCCCCACAAUAAUUCAUUUGUAUAGCCAUUGUCUGCUUCCCAAUGUAGUCUGCUAAUGAAGAACUCUUAAGUUUCUUAACAGAGCAUCAUGUGAUUUCUUCCAGCUGGGAGCGUCGAACAGACUCGCGUGGAAGAACCUAUUACGUUGAUCACAACACAAGAACAACCACAUGGCAACGACCAACUGCAGAAACUGUCAGAAACUUUGAAAAUUGGCAGAUGCAGAAUAGAGCUUUACUGAACACAGAGAGGCAGAAUUUCCAACAGAGAUUUCUUCUUCCAGUAUGUGUAUCAUAAUAAAUCUAUACAUGUGGAAUGCCCAAUAAAUCAAUUUAUCUUUAUUGCAUGAAACCUCUGUCCCAAGUGGGCUUUUUUUUCUGAUUUCCAAAGGGGAAAUAAGUUACCUGUUAUAACUUACAACUGUUCAUUUGCCUAAAUUGUAAACGUUUUUGACUGUUUUAUAAUGCAUAUUUCUUUGUACAGAACUCAUAAACAUUUGCUUUUGUGCAAAAUCACUUUCACUUGUAUCUUAUAGACGACCUGUGUACCAGAAACAGAUCCUCUUGGACCCCUCCCAGCUGGCUGGGGUAAGUUAAGUUUGUUGUGUCUUUAGCAUGCACUUGAUAGCUAUAUACAUGUAUGGCUCUUAACUAAACAUUUUGUCUUCAAUCACAGAGAAGAGAGUGGAACCCAAUGGACGAGUUUAUUUUGUAAACCAUAACACAAGAGCUACUCAAUGGGAAGAUCCUCGCACUCAAGUGUGAGUAGUCAAAUUUUAUUUAUAUAUUUAUUUAUUUAUUUAUUUGUUAGCAAUACUUAUGCAGGUUGGCCUUCAGCUUCAGGUUGGUUUGAAUGGGAGUCUUUACCAAGAACAGUAAAUAACGUUUUUGUGUACACCUUUUAAGGAAGAGAUGUUGAUUGUUUGUUAUUUUUUUUUCCUUGAUCAGGAUGGUUGGUUCAGACACACCACUCCCCAGUGGCUGGGAGAUGAGAUACACAAAUGAAGGAAUUCCUUACUUUGUGGACCACAACACACGUACAACAACAUUCAGUGAUCCUAGAACAGGUGUUGCACUCAAGUGAGUAAACACUUUAUAGGUGGUUAUCACAAAAGGAAGAAUUAUGAAACAUAUGCAGGUGUACCUGUGCAAAUAUCAUAGAUAGAUUUUUAAAUAAUAAUACACUGUUGAAAAGAUAAAAUUAUUUACUAUCAGUCAAUGCUAUUAUACCCUACGUUGUUGCAAGUUUUAUUCUCUCUUUUUGCACCACAAGCACAUUGAAUUUAAAUUUAAACUUACAUGUAGGUACCAGUAACUUUAAAUGAAAAGCCAUUUUGUAACUUUGACUGCUUUGCUACUGCUAAUCACAUGCAAGCUAACCUAUUGGAGCCCAUGAAAAGCACUCUUUACUUAUGUUGCAUAUCCUUGAUAUUAUUAUUAUCACUUUAAGUUUUUGGUAAUAGAGUGUCAUCAGUUAUGGUGGUAUAUUAUUAUUAUUAUUAUUAUUAUUAUUAUUAUAAUAAUUAUUAUUAUAACUAUUAUUAUUGUUGUUGUUGUUAUUGUUGUUUAUUCUGUUACUGUAUGUUAUUUCUUUUCUAGUCUAAAAGGUGCAGCCGGUGGUCCAGCCUAUGAAAGAAGCUUCAGAUGGAAGCUUGGACAGUUCAGACACCUUUGUCAGGUUGUCUUUUGUGUAGUUGAUGUUGUCUUUAUGUUAUUAAUGUCUAAUUUCCUGUGUGGUAAUUGCCACUCCAGUCCUUAGAUAGUAGACUAGGGUGAAGUAAUGAAUGUCUGUCUUUUAAUUGAUUGAAUUUUUCCCUUUUUGUAGUCAAAUGCUCUUCCAAGUCACAUUAAAAUCACAGUAAACAGAACCAACAUCUUUGAAGACUCAUUUCAGCAGGUUGGUGAUGUUUGAAAAUUCUACUCGUAAGGUGUUGAAAAGUUAUGUUUUGUUGGGAGUUCCUAACCAUGCAAAAAAAAUUAUUUUCAUGACUGAAUAAAUGAAUAGGAAGUUUCCAGUGGUCACUUACAUUUAUUUAUACAUUCAGAUGAUUACUACUCAUGCUUUUAAAUCUUGUGAAUGAUGCAAGUCUGAACAAAUCUUACAGAAACCUGCUACUAAGAAAUCUGUCAGCUUUCCUCACCACUCACCUCUAUGUAACUAUGGUGGAAUAAAGCAAUAAUGACCUUUGAUGCAACAAAAUAUAACACUGUAAGACAAUUUGGAAGGAGAUGAGCAGUCUUUCAGAAGUCACAAAGCUUUUCUCCACUCACCUCUUCAUUUUCUCUUCAUGUAAUGAUUAUUACUGACAUGCUGAAUAUUUUGAAAUGCUUCAAUAUUAAUUUCAAUUGUUUUUUUAUAUCAGGUGAUGCGGUACCCACCUCAUGAUUUGCGACGCAGGCUUUAUAUCAUAUUUAAAGGAGAAGAAGGGUUGGAUUAUGGUGGUGUUGCAAGGUUUGGAAAUAGUACAGUUGUAUAAUAUAUGCAGCUAAUUGCAAUUUAAGGGAGUUAACAACAAAGAGCAUUAGUGUUCUCUAGUAGUCAGCGUUUUUUUUAAUAAUUAUGCACAUGCAUCGGAAUUCAUUUGAGGUAUUCUUGUGUGUGCUUUGAGUGUUAACUUGCAGCAUUGUGAGGAGUGCCAGUUCAUCACCCAGGCAGUUUUCCCCACCCAUCCCCUCUCUCUUUCCACUGUUUAUUCAGUGUGACAGGUGCCUGUUUCCCUUUCCUAUGUGGGGGCUCAUGGCUGGGUUGCUAGGAUUUGCCACCCAUGGGAGAAGUCUCCAUCUAGGAGCUGGUUGCCAGUAGUAGAAGCUCCUGGAUGUUUCAGACACUCAACCUCCACUUCGUGAUGCAGUUGUUAAUGUCAGUUAUUAUUUUAAGUUUUUAAUGUAUCAGAGUUUGAUGGUAAAUGAUGCUUUCCUAUUCCACAGGGAGUGGUUCUUCCUUCUUUCACAUGAAGUGCUCAACCCAAUGUACUGUUUGUUCGAAUAUGCCAACAAGAGCAACUACAGUCUUCAGAUCAACCCAGGUAUGCUAUGUUGACAUAUUCAAGUACAGUAAACACCUGUAUAAAAACAGCCUUUAGUUGAGUAGGAUUGUAAGGGCCACAUGUGAGAUUGUAGUUUACUUUUUUUGUUGUUUGGCAACAGUUAUGUCUCCCCAGAGGAAGUUUAGGAGCUACUGAACAACAUUAUAGCUAGCCUGACUUGUAACUGUUGACAAGGAACCCAAAAUGAAAAGAGCCUGUUUAGCCUGACUUUAUGGAAUCUGGGUUCUUGCAUUUGUAUGUGUGGGUGUUGACUGUGUUUUUAAUGCAAAAUAGAAUAGUGUCAUGCUGGCACUGUCAGAAAACUUUUGAGAUACAUCUAUAAUCACAAUGCAAAGGAGAAAAUACAAUCUUGGACAGGAUUUGAACAGCCAUUAAUUUGUGAAACCAACAAAAAGCAGUGAUGUAUUUUCAAGGCUAUAGGUCUUGAUUAUUUCCGUCAGGUAUAAUUAAUAUUGUAUCAUUCAUUUUUGUAGUAAAUAAGUAAUACUUUUUUUUUUCCAGCAUCAUAUGUGAAUCCUGAUCACUUGCAGUACUUUAGGUUUAUUGGCCGUUUAAUAGCAAUGGUAAGUUAGAUGGGAGUAUUGCGUUUUUUGCCAGACUUUUCUCUGUGAAUGCUUCAUGCAGGGUAAUGACAUACAGGGCACUGGACAUGUAAGGUGAUGCAACAGCCAGUUAAUAGGAGCCUGUGACAAAAAAACCUGUCACAAACGUUUAAAAUGAUAAAAACUACAUCCAAAGAAACAACUUUGAGAAAUGUGAUAACCUUGUUAUGAAACUGUACUGCAAGGGAAUUUAGUUCCUUUGGAUGCGUUUGAAAAUGACCCAUACAAAUGGGAUAUGAAGUAUUGACUGGAAGCAUAUUUCAGCAAAGUCCAAACAGUGAGAUGCUCAAAUGAAUGUUUUUUUUUUUUGUUUUGUUUUGUUUUGUUUUUUGCAGGCUCUUUAUCAUGGGAAAUUCAUUGACCGAGGAUUUACUCUUCCUUUCUACAAAAGAAUGUUAAAUAAGAAGCAAACCAUGAAAGACUUGGAGUCUAUCGAUCCUGAGUUUUACAACUCCCUAUUAUGGAUCAAGUAUGUUUUUCAAGAACUGUUACUUUUUUGUUAUUUACAUAAAAACACACACAACAAAGCCAAGCCCCUUUGGUAUUUUUGGUUGCUUUUUUCAUACACUGGCCCAUGCAGGCUGAGGUGACCUGGAUGCUGCAGAGAAAAUUUGAAAAUAAAAAUGUCAGAGAAGUGUAAAACUUGUCUGUUUUGUUCAUUGUGAGAUGUAGGUAGAAAUUGUCAUAACCUAAAUUGAACCUUUGGGGGUAGAAGCAGCAUGAAGAGGCACAAAAUGGAUUGACAGAACCUGGAAAUCAAUUUGCAACACAUUUUGAUUUCAUUCAUUCAUUGGCAGAUGUAUGAAAAACUAUUUAAGUUGCGAUGAAAACUUAUGAUUUGUGCACCAAAAUUACUUCUGAUGGAAUAAAGGUGGCUAUCUGCAUUGCAGGGUUUCCCACCUAUUGUAUGGCACAAAACAGAUGUCUUCAUCAACAUUUUGAAAACUUCAUUUCAUCAUUCAAACAUCAUGCCAUUUUGCUCUUUUGUCUUACAGGGAUAAUAAUAUUGAAGAAUGUGGUCUGGACAUGGAAUUUGCAGUAGACAUGGAGCUUCUGGGCAAAAUUACUUCACAUGACUUGAAACCUAAUGGCUCUAAUAUAAAAGUCACUGAGGAAAACAAAGAGGAAUACUUGUCGUAAGUGUGAUCUUUUUUCACAUUUAUUCAGACUUUGUAAGUUGAAAUUUUUUCAUCCUUAAAUCAUCUUUAGUUCUUGAAGUGGCUGAAUGUGAUUUCUGUUCUAUGAUUACCUAAUACCACAAAUUAAUGUAGCUGCUAAAGCUACAUGCUUAUCUUUCUGAUAGCCCCUUGUUCGGAAGAAGUAGUUGAGCCAGAGAUUGAUUCACCUUUCCAAGCUGCCCAUAUGCUUUCAGUGCACACCACUCUGUAGACAAAGUUGAGCUAAAUGCUGCCACAUGCAUUGUAUACUUAAAUAAUAGGCAUCGUUCAAAAUGUUUUAUUCAUGAUCCCUUGUUUCUCUUUCUUAAGGCUUAUGACUCAGUGGCGCUUCAAUCGUGGAAUUGAGGAGCAAACUAAGGCUUUCUUAGAUGGAUUUAAUGAAGUUGUUCCUCUUUACUGGUUGCAGUACUUUGAUGAAAAAGAAAUGGAGGUAUUUGUAUGACCUGAUAACAGUAGAGAAGAAGUAUAAUAGCUAAAGGAACAGUCUGUUCUGCUUUUAUUACUGGCUAAUCAUGAGCAAGGAAUGUAUACAUUUGUUUCAAAAAGUUAGUAGUAUGUCAAUUCAUCUUUGAAUGUGAUCUUUUUUCAGUUGAUGCUUUGUGGAAUGCAAGAGAUUGAUGUUGAUGACUGGCAGGCAAACUCUGUGUAUCGUCAUUACACCAGGAACAGCAAACAAGUGACCUGGUUCUGGCAGGUGUGUGGCUUAUAUUUAACUGGGCUCUCAACUUGAAAACAAGGCAGAAUGUGACAUGAUAUAUAUGACAAUGUGUGAGAACAUUCCUUGAAUCUCCAGCAGGAUCUGUGUUUUGCUCUUGCUCAUUCAUAUGAAAGCACUUGAUUUCACUGACUACUUGCUACAGAAACAUAAUUUUCCUAGACCAAGAAAGAGACAUGAAUAGUAUCCGUAUAAAUCAAAUAAAUUCAUGAGAACAGCCACCUGGAAUAUUACAGAUCAUGUUUCACUGUUAAGGAAAUAACUAUCAAUUGAAAGUGCUUUUGUUGAGUGACUGUUCUGUGCUGUUGGGUCUUCAUAAUAUGAUAUUCAGUUAGAAGUCCUAGUUAAAAGCAAAUUACAGUAUGAUGAUGUCACAUGGCACGUUUCAAUUUUCAGGCUGUACGUUCCUUUGACAAUGAACAAAGAACCAGAUUGUUACAGUUUGUCACAGGCACAUGUCGUCUCCCUGUAGGAGGUUUUGCUGAGCUCAUGGGUUUGUAUAGUUUCUUAUUUACAUUUUCAACCAUUUUUUUUAUUUUUACAAUACCUUGGCUGUUUUCCUCAGCAAAAGUCCUCCUCACUUGGACAAGAAUUUUUACAGAAAGUGGCUUUCAAAUACACGUAAUUUUUUGUAGGGAUUACUCCCCAAUAACCUUGAUGUACAUAUCUAUCAAGUGAAACAUUCAUUUAUGAUUUCAUAGUUUAAUGAAAUACAUUAUAAGUAAUAAACAUUGGAUAAUAGUUUUGCUGGACAGAGUUCAUGUAAACUUUUAAAUGGUACUUAUUUUUCUGAAAAUAAGGUAAAUAGCAAGGUUGAGCUAUUCUAACAUGUAGUUUUGCUGAAGGCUUUGAUGUAUCUGUGAAAAUCACAGAUACACCUCAAGUCCUUUUGUGCAGUAGUGAAACUGGAGUGAACUUUGUUGUAAUUCUGUGGUUUUGGUGAUUUAUUUUUUUUGUGCUGUGGCUGAUACAGGGAGCAAUGGACCACAGAAAUUUUGUAUAGAGAAAGUUGGCAAAGACACGUGGCUUCCAAGAAGUCAUACUUGGUGAGUUUUCUUUAAUAAUUGAAUUAUUGACACCUGAGUUUCAUCACUUUGAACAAAAUGAAUUAUACCUGUAUGUAUGCUUGCCCAUCAUCCAAAGCUUCUGCUCUCUUUUUGUUCUAUUGUGUUAGACUUUGCCAAAUAUUAAAACAAAUGGAUUUUCCUGUUAUUAUUAGAAAAUAAAUGGAUUUUCUGAUUCAGUCACAGAUUAUUAAUUUUUUAAGUCCAAAGCACAAGUUAUAUGGUCUAUUUUCUGAAACUUCUUUUUGUGAUAAUUUUCAACCAUUCCUUCAUGUGUUAUGGUAAUGUCAUAAUUUGUUUCUCUUUUUUUGUCUUUUUUUUUAGCUUUAACCGCUUGGAUCUGCCACCAUACAAGAGCUAUGAACAAUUAGUUGAAAAGUUGACUUUUGCAAUCGAGGAAACUGAAGGAUUUGCUCAAGAGUAA